AUGAACGCAGAUGUAACUGCGGGCGGGAACGAGGACAAGGAUGCUUCGUUGAAUUUCUUGUCUGAAAAGGCCGCGACGCGUUCCCAAGGAGAAGAGAGCGGCAAUGAGGGUGGUGCGCCCCUGGACGCUCGGACCGAGUAUUUGAGCUACAUUUCUGGCUCACCGUCAUCUGAGAUCGCUCGUCAUGCCCCAGACUACGACCGGCCGCAGAAGUUGCCCUUCUAUAAGCGCCGCGUUACAGAUCUGGUGCCCCAGGCCGGUAUGGGAAAGGUUCCUCGUCUAAGACACGGUUUAUCCACUGUGCUCUUCACUCCUGGGCCACAGUGGCUACAAGAACCGAGGUCCGGGCACUGGAACUUCGAGCAGAAGCUCAGAGAUGUUCCAAAGGUCGCUGACUUCGCUUUUGAUCGAGUCUCUGAAUUCGUCACGAGCUCCAAAGACCCUGAGCUCCAUAGGCUUGCGAAAGAGGAGGGUUGUAUAUUCGCCGGCUCGACAUCCUCGCUCACAGGCGUGCUCAGCCAAAUAUACCUCCUACUGUCGGAGGAGAAACCGGUGAACACCAGCAACCUCAGUGCGGCUUUUCGACGUGAAUCGCGGUCUUUCACUCCCGGACAGCGUAUGCCGGUGUCCAUUGGUCUAAAUUACCAGGAUGGAGUAUAUGCUACCGAUUCAGACGUCAGACACCUCGGGCAGGAAAAAUCAGUGACUGUUCUGUCACAAUUGGGGACAAUGAUGGAAAAGUUCCUCACGAUGUCUAUGAAGGCCUUCAGGCGAGAUUUCGUGAGCACAUCUCCUGGUGGGCCAUUUGUGCAAUCUCGAGCAAAGGACGUAUACAGACAGAGUCUAAUAGUAUUGGAACAGUAUGGCAAAUUUGCCAUGCGGGCGCAGCUCGAUUGCCGUAGUCCAGAUCUACCCGGUACUGGGAUCUUCGAUAUCAAGACCCGUGCUGCAGUGCCAAUUCGUUACGAUCUUGAGAACUACAAGGACCACUUGGAUUACAAAAUUCGCACUAUGCAAGGCGACUGGGAGAGCUUUGAGAAAGAGUAUUACGAUCUCAUCCGCUCAGCUUUUCUCAAAUACAGCUUUCAAGCGCGGAUAGGCAACAUGGAUGGCGUGUUCGUUGCGUAUCACAACACUCAUGAGACAUUCGGGUUUCAGUAUAUCCCCCUCGAGGAAAUGGAUAUACGCCUUUUUGGGCAUUCGCAGGGUCAUCGCAUCUUUUACAAGUGUCUUGGUCUCCUCGACGCGAUAUUCUCUGAGAUUGUCGAAUAUUUCCCCCAAAAGUCGGUCCACUGUACCUGGGAGACUCGGACGAUCAAGAAGCUGGGUAGCGUCUUGCAUGUUUGGAUCGAGCCCAAGGAAUGGUUCGGCAAAAUCAAGCCUAUCGUUCAAUUGGACAUCAACCUCACCCAUUACCUGGCCAACCAGAGAACGAGCGCGCAUACCGCCGUUGGCUCCGUAGACAAGCCAUGCAUGUCGCUUUCCCCUCUAUCUGUUCUCAUUCAUGCUAACAUCGGAUCAUUGGUACAGGCUGCCAUUCGUGAUAACCAGCACGAGGCAUACAAGCGGCAAAUGCUCAUUUACAAGUUCCAGCUCCACCCGAACGAGAAGGUCGAACGAGGGCGAGACAUCGAUCUCACAUACAUUGAUGAAUCCGAUGCUAACAUCGCAAAAGACAAUUCUGGGGUGCCUGAGUCUAGAUCUGCGUCCACGGGAGGCCCUGUAGGGAAGAAAGAACACAAGGCUAAGGAAGAACGGAAGGGCGAGAGCAAGCACGCCGCUGCCGGGGCUCAAAAGGGGGAAACCAAGCGCAAACUAGCUGAGGUUCCGAAGGGCGAGCAGAAGACAGAGGCUCCCACGACGGAUCUAAGUGGGCACAGCAGUGAUGCUGCGCUUGACGGUCGUUCCGAAUGCCCGUCUCCUCUCCUGCACCUACUGUCAGAAGUCAUCGAGGGACGUGUUGCAACGAGUACACCCUCGGGCUCUACCUCGAACUCCUCUGAGGAUCUGGUGGGACCGCUUCCACAGCCACCCGAAUCGCCUUCCACCGUAGAACCUUCGAGUCAUUCCGUGCUGGAAUCAACAUCGGGCUCUUCUCUCGAUGCACAUCGAGCACUGUCUGCGACUGACACCAUACACAGUGAUUCAGCUUCUUCGCCAUCGUCUGCAAUAUCACCUUCUAGUGGCGAUGCAUCGUCGUCCCCGAAAGGUCCAGACUAG